ACCCCUUUCACUUACAUUUUCUAGCUACCUUCUUCCUUGUAGAACGACCUGCACGCGUCAAUGGCUCGCAAGAAGGUGGUCGUGAAGUACAUCGCCAACGACCCAACCCGCAAAAUGACCUGCAAGAAACGCGCCAUGGGCCUGAUCAAGAAGGCCGGCGAGCUGUCCGUCCUGUGCGGCGUCGACGUGUGCGUCUUCAUCCUGCCCGAGGGCGAGUCGUCGCAGGUGCAGGUGUGGCCGUCGCCCGCUGAGGGGAUGCGCGUGAUCGACCGGUUAAGGUCCAUGCCCGAGCUCGACCAGUGCAAGAAGAAGCUGGACGGCGAGGACUACGUCCGGGAGCGCAUCGGCAAGAUGCAGGACCAGCUGCGCAAGGCGGAGCGCGACAACCGCCAGCGCGAGGCCACGCUCCUCCUCCACGGCGCCAUGUUCGGAAACCGCAACCUCGACGGCCUACCCGUCGAGCAGCUCGUCACCAUAGGCUGCAAGACGGAGAAUCUUAUCAAGAAUAUCAACGACUGCAUCGCGUACCGGAGUGGACAGCAGCAGCCCCGCAUGCAGGCUGAUCCGCUGCACUACGCCGCGACCCUCACCAACCUCGAGGCUCCGCACCAGCAGCAGGGAUGGGACCUCAACGCCGUGGCGAGCAGUGGCAGUGGCAGUGGGAGCGGGAGCUAUGGCAGUGCCAGCGCCGGGGAUGGCCUGAUGCAGCUCGGUAAUAUGGAUGCAGGAUUUGCGUGGGCUGAUCAUGGUACUUAUCUUCCUAAUAUCUAA